GACAUGUGAGAGUUCAUUAACACCAAUGAAUUUCCUUGUGGAUAAGCCGGUCGUGGCCCUCACAAGUGUACACUGAUGCCAGAGGAACACCUGCGGGCAGGAUGAAGGUGUGUAACCGUGGAGUGCAGAUGCUCCUCACCACGGCGGGGGCUUUCGCGGCCUUCAGCCUGAUGACCAUCGCGGUGGGCACCGACUACUGGCUGUACUCGCGUGGAGUCUGCAGAACCAAGAGCGUCAAUGACAAUGACACGAACCGAAAGAAUGAAGAGGUACUUACGCACUCAGGGCUCUGGAGACAGUGCUGUAUGGAAGGCAUGUUUAUUGGGGUUUGUAAGAGCAUUGAUCAUUUCUCAGAGGACGCAGAUUAUGAACAAGAUGCUGCGGAAUAUCUACUACGUGCUGUGCGUGCCUCUAGUCUUUUCCCUAUAAUGAGUGUGGGACUGCUGUUCAUUGGUGGAGUGUGUGUGGCCGCCAGCGAGUUCUACAAGAGCAGACACAACGUCAUCCUGUGUGCAGGCAUCUUUUUUGUUUCAGCUGGUCUCAGCAACAUCAUUGGCAUUAUCGUGUACAUCUCGUCCAACGCUGGCGACCCCAACCAGAGCGAGUCCAAGCGCAGUCACUGGUACGGCUGGAGCUUCUACUGCGGCGCUCUUUCCUUCAUCAUAGCUGAGACUGUGGGGGUCCUGACCGUGCACCUGUUCAUCGAUACGCACCGUGUGUUGAGAGCGCGUUCGCAUCGCACACUCCAAACCAGCACGCAUCACCGCUCGAACAGCUACCGUUCCCGCUACCGCUGGAGGCAGGGUCCAAACCGCUCGUCUGACUCCCGGUCUCGCGAACCCUCCCCUGCCCGUCAAGGGAACGACCUCGGGCUGUACGCCCUGGGACGCGGGCUUGCACCCACAGCUACUCACGCGCACAACUCCCUCAGCACUGGCCAUGGUUUUGCACAUUUUCACAACUCCGUCAUUGCUAAUAACAACUUUGCAAAUCGCCAGAACUCUGUGAAAUCGGAAAGAGGGGUUCCGCACAUACAGAACUCGCUGAGCACCGAGAAAGGGUUUGUGUUAGCAAAUUCACACGGACAGAAUUCAGUCAAGCCGGAAAAUGGAGUCAUGCUGUCGCAGAACUAUAAGCCCAACUCAGUAAAUCCCAGUAAAAGCCCAGUGCACGCGCACAAUUCUGGGAAUGACAUUGCACACAUGCAAAGUGCUGUAAAAGAGCCCUCAUAUGUGUCUCAAAGUGGCAAUGCGACAAGAAGAACAACUCCAGUGUGAAAUGAAAUGUUGCUGCUAUUUGAAAAGCGAUAUGAAAGAUCUGAGUGAAGCUAGCUAUUACAUAUUAUUUGCGUUUAGCUUUAUG